AUGCCUUCCGCCUCCAAGGAGAAGAGACUCGCCAAGAAGGCCGCCGAGGGCAAGCUCGACAAAAAGACCGGCAAGGCGUCCAAGGGCAAGAAGGAGGACGUACAGCUCGACGCCCACGGGAAACCCAUCGAGGACGAUGCACCGGCUACGUCGGGCGAGAAGAUGGAUGAGGUUAAGCGCCUGGCAGAACAGAUGGACAAGCACGGCAUCUCGGACCGCGUCACCACCGGCGUACUGGCCUCGACCGCCACUAGCAAGGACGUCAAGAUUACCAGCACCAGUCUUGUGUUCCACGGCCGAGUCCUCAUCACCGAUUCGACUCUUGAACUGUCCUACAGCCGACGAUACGGCUUGCUGGGCGAGAACGGAUGCGGCAAGAGUACGCUGCUCAAGGCCAUCGCCGCUCGCGAGUUCCCCAUCCCCAACCACAUUGACAUCUAUCUGCUCAACCAGGGUGCUCCCCCGUCGGAACUCGGUGCCUUGGAAUGGGUCGUCACCGAGGCAGAGAACGAGAUGGAACGCCUCGACAAGCUGGCCGAGAAGCUCCUCGAAGAAGAGGGCCCCGAGAGCCCCGUUCUCAUUGAUCUCUAUGACCACAUGGACAAGAUGGACCCCACGACCUUUUCCACCCGCGCUUCGCUGAUUCUCACCGGUCUCGGCUUCAACAAGAAGACGAUACACAAGAAGACCAAGGAUAUGUCUGGUGGCUGGAGGAUGCGAGUCGCUCUGGCCAAGGCCCUGUUCGUCAAACCCUCACUGCUCCUGCUUGACGAUCCCACCGCCCAUUUGGAUCUCGAGGCCUGCGUGUGGUUAGAAGAGUAUCUUAAGAAGUGGGACCGCUCGCUCGUUCUCGUUUCCCACUCCAUGGACUUCCUCAACGGCGUCUGCACAAGCAUGAUUGACAUGCGCUCGCGCCAGCUGCAGUACUAUGGUGGCAACUACGACUCGUACCACAAGACAAAGGCCGAAAACGAUACCAACCAAAUGAAGGCUUAUCACAAGCAGCAGGAGGAAAUCGUCCACAUCAAAAAGUUCAUUGCCAGCGCCGGCACGUACGCCAACCUGGUUAGGCAGGCCAAGUCUCGGCAGAAGAUCCUCGACAAGAUGGAGGCCGAUGGCUUCAUCGAGCCCGUUGCCGCCGACAGGGUCUUUACUUUUCGCUUCGCCGAUGUCGAUAAGCUGCCGCCCCCAGUUCUGUCAUUCGACGACGUCACCUUCUCCUACUCCGGGAAACCCGAGGACGACCUGUACCGCAACCUGGAACUCGGCUUCGACAUGGACUCGCGAACGGCCUUGGUCGGCCCCAACGGUGUGGGCAAGUCGACGCUCCUUCGCCUGAUGACGGGAAAGCUUUCGCCGACCGGCGGUUCCGUCACCCGCCACACCCACCUGAAGCUCGGCCUCUACUCCCAGCACAGUGCCGAGCAGCUGGACCUGACCAAGUCGGCGCUCGACUUUGUCCGAGACAAGUACAAGACAAAGUCCCAGGACUACCAGUACUGGCGCCAGCAGCUCGGCCGAUACGGUCUCACUGGUGAAGCCCAGACUGCACUGAUGGGCACGCUGUCAGAAGGCCAGAAGAGCCGUAUCGUCUUCGCGCUGCUUGCCAUCGAAAGCCCCAACAUGCUGCUGCUCGACGAGCCGACCAACGGUCUGGACAUCCCCACCAUUGACAGUCUGGCCGAUGCCAUCAAUGCCUUUAACGGAGGUGUGGUCGUCGUCUCGCACGACUUCAGGUUGCUGGACAAGAUCGCCAAACAGAUUCUGGUGUGCGAGAACAAGACCAUCCAAACUUGGGAUGGCACCAUCGGCGACUACAAGAACUACCUGCGCAAGAAGAUGAUUUCGGCCGGCGCAGUGUAA